UCUACCUUUCAUUAUCAUAACAUUUGUUAACAACUAAUAGAAAAGUGACUACACCAAACAAAGAGAAAAAGCAUAACCAUAACAAUAACUAACACCACUAAAUAUCAUUGGUUUCUUGAAGAAGAGGAGAAUUUCAAUGGAGGGUGUGAAUGUCAUUGAGAAGAUUGAAGUUAAUGUUACUAAUGAAAGUAACAAAGAAUGUGAAUAUGGUAGUAAUGAUGUGAUAAUGGAAUCGCCCGUUCCGGAAGUUUCCGCAUCUGAUAGUACUAAUUCACAUGAAAGUGAAGUUGAAGAGAAAAAAGAUUUUGGUUGUGAGGAUUUCGAGAAACAAGUUUUGGUAUUACCAGGUAUUUUAAAUCCAACGAGUAUUUUAGGACUAGAGGUUGAGAUGAUGAAGGAAAGGUUUGCGAAAUUGUUGCUCGGAGAAGAUAUGUCGGGUUGUGGAAAUGGAGUUCCUACAGCAUUGGCUAUAUCAAAUGCCAUAACUAAUUUAUGUGCUACUAUUUUUGGCCAACUUUGGAGAUUGGAACCAUUGUCAGUAGAGAAGAAAGCAAUGUGGCAAAGAGAGAUGGAAUGGCUUCUUUGUGUCAGUGAUCAUAUUGUUGAAUUUAAGCCUAGUUGGCAAACAUUUCCAGAUGGAAGCAAGUUUGAGGUCAUGACUUGUAGACCGCGCUCAGAUCUUUACAUCAAUCUCCCAGCUUUGCGAAAACUCGACAACAUGCUUCUCGUAAGACUCUUCUACAUUUUCUGCACAUUAAUUCAGUUUUCAGAAGCAAAACUUUCUAAGCAUUUUCUCAUUAUGCAGGAAAUACUAGACGGUUUUGUCGAUACAGAGUUCAGGUAUAUCGAUCAAGGUGUCAUGGCCUCAGACGAAGACGGUUUAUCAUCUUUUCACCGGUCGGUUCAGAGACAAGAAGAGAAAUGGUGGCUUCCUGUACCUCAAAUCCCUCCUUGUGGCCUCCAUGAAAAUUCAAGAAAGCAGUUGCAGAAUAAGCGCGAUUGCGCAAACCAAAUAUCGAAAGCUGCAAUGGCUAUUAACAACAGCACUUUGGAUGAAAUGCAGGUUCCUCAUACCUACUUAGAUGCUCUUCCAAAGACUGCGAGAACCGGUUUGGGAGAUGUUAUUUAUCGCUAUAUUACAUCGGAUAAUUUUUCACCUGAAAGUUUGUUAGCUUCUCUUGAAAUAUCUUCCGAGUAUGAAGCCAUAAAGAUUGCAAAUAGAGUCGAAGCAUCGAUCCAUAUUUGGCGUAAAAAGAACAAUUUAAAGCCCGCGAAUCGCGCUACGAGAUCAAGUUCAAGAUCAUCCUGGGAAAUGUUCAAGGAUUUGAUUGUUGAAGGAGACAAAAGUGAAAUGCUUAUAGAGAGAGGAGAAAGCCUUCUACUAUCCUUGAAACAACAUUUUCCUUUUCUCCCUCAAACAUCCUUAGAUGUCAGCAAAAUCCAAUGCAACAAGGAUGUUGGAAAAUCCAUUCUAGAGAGUUAUUCGCGAGUACUAGAGAGUCUGGCGUCAAAUAUUGUUGCGCGAAUUGAUGAUGUUCUCUACGUAGACGACUUAACGAAACAUUCUGAUGAAUUCUCGUCUCUAUCAAAAGUCGGUGUAAUUCCUCGCAAGAGUAUUUCAGUUCCAUAUAAGGUUGUGACAAAUAUUCUUAGCAUGGGGAGAAAAGAGGACUAUGGUUGUCCAAUUGAUACAAAGUUGGUUCCAAAACUAAAUACAUUUGAUGAAGUGGCAGCAACUGAAACAGAUAAAGAACCAAGUGAUUGCAUAGAAGAUUUUAAGCUUGAUGUAAUGGAUAAGGCAUGGAUUGAAUGAAAGGAUUUUGAUCUCAUAGAUGACAUGAGACAUUUUUUCUGAUUUUGUGAUUUCUAUUUUGGGGUGUUUGUAUAUUAUGUGAAAGUGAAGAAUUUCAAGAAACUAUGUAAAAGUUCAAAGAGAAGAAAAUGAGGAAUAGAAAAUAAAGUGUUGUUUUGUAGUUUUGAUUGCAAUUUCUC